AGUGCGAAUCGAUAACCAUAACUACGUCAGCCUGUAUCUCCAGCAAAGCCGAUCUCUCAGAACCAUAAACAUAUAAACUCGUUUACUGCAGCAGGUUACAUGUCUUUACAGUUCAGAGACUAUCACCAACAUUUACAAUGGAGCUGACCGGAGAGCAGCUGAAAGACGCAGAGACCCAGCUGAGAAGACAUCUACCACGGUCACUACUGGUGUACGGUAAUUUGGUCCUGUUAAACAGAGUUAGCUCAGACCCUGUCCAGGUGUUGGUGGACACAUGGCCACAAUUCACUGUGAUUGUCUGCAGACCAAUGCAUGUGCAGAAAGGUGAUCUUUUCAAAGAUAUACUGUUUUUUGCAACGGAUGAAGCUCUUAUGGAGGAAACCAUACGAAAGUCCUCUAUCCUUGAUUGGACCAGGUUUCUUUGUCUUGCAAUCAGUCAUCGGCACAUGGAGACAUUCAAUGCAGUGGCAUCAGAACACGUGUCCAGCAAGAAACUGGCAGUGUGUCACAUGAUGAUAUUAGAGGAUGUAGCCAAGCUUCCCUCUGUAGACAGCUCAGGAAUCUCCCUCGGCUCUCUGGAUGAAUCCCACGUUUGCUGGGUGAGUCAGACGUGGAAGUUCGCAAAUGAUGACGAGGCUGUGGGGAUGAUCCGCAACAUGAUCGCAAACUUCCCCUCCUGCUGCGUGCUGGAUGCACAACGUAGGCCAGUGUCCUGGAUCCUGACCUAUGCAUCGUGUGCCAUGGGAAUGCUGUACACUCUGCCAGAGCACAGAGGCAAAGGCUACGCCAAAGUCCUCAUCAGCACCAUGGCAAAGAGGCUCCACACUCAGGAAUAUCCAGUCUACUGCUUCAUAGAGGAGGAGAACCUGGCCUCCCACAGGCUUUUUAAAACCAUGGGCUUUACUGAAGAUCCCACAUACAGGCAGGCCUGGGUGGCAUUUAAUGAACAGCUCAGUGGAUGGUAACAAAUACAAAUAUUAUAUAUUCUAAAUAACUGAUGGACUUUAGACAAACAAAUUAAGUUCAGCAAAUUCAUUUGCUUAUUGAGCACAGAAAAGGCAGGCAAACAAGUCGUUUAAAAGCUGAUGGUUUUGUCCUACAGCAUUGUUAGAAGUUAAGUUGCCUUAAACUGAAAAACCUGCUUCAUGGAAAUGCACUCACAUAUCUCUCUUCAAACACCUCAUUUCUUUUCUGAAAAAUCCAUUGACGUAUGACCGGAUCUGGAAUGAAAAGAACAAAUCGUAAUGUCAAAAAAUAUCUGUAUAUAUACCUGUUUCAUGACAUUGGCAUUUUUUUAUAAAUUUAUUUCUGACUAAAAUCGAUCCUGCAUUAAAAACUGAAAUAAUUUUUAAA